AUGGAGCCCCAAGACCUCCGCCUUCUGCUGUCUCCAUACAAAGUUGCUGCAGCACUGCCAGGCGCUGCUGCUGCUGUAGCCCCGCUGCAGCAGCAGCGGCUGCUUCUGCUGAGGCUGUGUCAUACCUCACCCCUCGCGGUUCUUAGCGAGCGCCUGACUGAUCCAAGUCUCGCUUUGCAGCAGCAGCAGCAGCAAGCGCAACGGGAGCAGGAACAGCAGCAGCAGCAGCAGCAGCAGCAGCAGGAACCGGACGGGGUAGGGGCCCAAGCCGUCUCGCCGACUGCACCAUUUGUUGCAGCUUCAAACAGACCGUAUAUUGUCUUGUUCUGCUGUACCCUUGUUGCAAACGCAGCAACGGCUGCAACUGCGGCAGCAGCAGCAGCAGCAGCAGCAGCGGCAGCAGCGGCAGCAGCAACCCCAUUACAGUCACCACCUCAACUAGAGCAGCAGCAGCGCUGCUGCGCUGCGGGGCCGUUCAGCCAGGCCUCGGGUCUCAUUUGGCCCUGCUGUGUCUGCGAAGAGCAGCAGCAGCAGGAGCAGCAGCAGCAGCAGCAGCAGCAGCGGCUCGUUGCUACACCCAGGCACAGCUUUAGAGGAGUGCGUCGUUUGCUGCCGCGAAAGACAUACUCUGCUGCAGAGAUACUUCGGCUUAUUAAGCAGCAGCAGAAGCAGCAGCAGCAGCAGAAGCCUGACCUCUACUCCCUUUCCCCUGCUUUUUGCAGUCCCUUGUUAACCCGGCUUGCUUCAGCAGUGACGGGGCAGCCUUUUCUCUUUAAACAGCAGCAGCAGCAGCGGCAACAGGCGCAGCAGCAGCAGCGGGAGUGGCUGUUGUACAGCAGCGCUGCCUCUGGUGCCCGUUCGUGCUGCCUGACUGCUUGA